AUGGCGACCUCCAAUCCGUAUGGUACCGGGAAAUACAAGACCAACGUGGGAAGAGCGAUCUCGAAGAAAUGGAAAGAUCUCCGACAGAUUAAUUAUGAGGGCUCAGAUUGGGGAGAUGAUGAAGAAUAUGAUGAGCCAGAACCCGUGUCUGCGCCUAAUCCUCGACAUCCAGGUUGGGCUCCUCAACCUGGCAUUCCUCCUGCCAACCGAAGCUUUACCAGUCCCUCCCCUCCUCGAGCGGGCCAGAGGCCUUCGUUUGAUCGGGCCGAUGAAAGACGAUAUGUCUCUUCUUCUGUUGGCUUUGAAUCGGCAUACCCCACAACCCAACGUUCGCCUUUUCCGGAGCCGCAACACGACGAUGAGCCGUCUGCCUCAAACUAUGCGAUGCAUGGUCCUCUUCGCCUCAACACCCAGGGACAGCCUCCUAUGCCUCCAGGUGGUUUCCGACCAGGCUCGAGAGGGAGUCAACAUCCGGCAUACGAGGAUGUGCCAUUCUCAGCCCCAGGAGGCUUCCCCCAGCAAGGUUCCCCUGGGUUCGGUAGUCGGUCUCCUCUUAGCGACGUGUAUCAGCGUCGCGAAAGUCCCAUGAGGCCGGAUAGUCGUUCUUCCAAUGCAUCCCACAGACAAUUCCCUCCGCGCAAAGUAAGCUUGAGCCAACAGCCUCCUCAGCCAGAUUUCUCACAACAGAGCGAGUCUCCCGUGCCUUCUUCCUCUCCAGGACUUGGCAGUACCACUGCAGUCGACGAUCGUCCCCCACCAGUAUUCAUCCGACCAUCCGAUAUCUAUAAGCGUAUGCCUGAGGAGAUGGAGAAAAUUCGCAAAUCGCAAGAGUCAUCCCGUCCAAGCAUCGAUUCAGUGUCAAACCAAGCCAGAGAAGGUUCUGUUGGUGGUCGCUCGACUUCCUCAGAUGCAAAGGAAACCACAGGCGCUAUGCAGCUGAUAACGGAUGAUCACGAUUCUGCCCGUCGUCUGAAGCCAACCUUGGACACCGUCCCGGAGCGUAAGAGCGAGUAUGGGUUUGAUAAUUUACUCAAGCUAUCAAGCGAUGACAGCCAAACAACAAAGGAGACUAAGAUUGAGACUGGGAAGGAAACCGUGGGGGUAUCGAGGCAGGAUACUACUGCGUCUUCUGUCUACUCUGAUCGUCCGGAUCCAGUUUCCGCCUCAACCAUCUCCAGUAAUGUAUCAAUCAACGAUGGUGUUCGGGAGACAGAUCAUCGUUUACCUGAUGCGAAGGAAGCUUUCGGACUGCCCCUCGUCCACAGAACAUCUGGAUUUGACGUGGACCUUGCAGCACUGGGAAAGUCGGUGUCAGAACCCAAGUCUGAGACGUCGAAGCCCUCUGGCGAUGUAUUACCACAGGGAGCCGUGUCCGGUGACGAUGGCAUUCGACCCAAAAACCAAGGGUUGCAGCACCAGCCAACCCUGGGGUACAGAUCAGUUGUCCAGCAGGCCUUCGAUCAGAGCGAGGAUCACCCGCCCUUUUCUCCCACCUCUACGUCAGGAACUGUUGAUCGUUCAAACAGUGCCUCAACGACUGACAUUAGUCCUAUCAUAAGUCGCAAGCUUGAUCCAAUACCGACUUCCUCCGUUAUUCAGACCGUGCAGGCCGCCAUUCCUGAAGAGCCGGCGCAAUCAGAGUCUCGUCCGACGUCAACCAUUACGUUGAGGCCUGGAGAGGUGCAGCCAAUCCAGGAAGAAACGCUUUCUUCGUCACCCCCUAUUCUUUCGGGCUUUCGACGAGACGUUAAUCCUCCGAGUCGAGAUAACAGUCCUGCAAAGAAGCCUCAAGAAAUUGGACCUCAGGAACACCAGCAUCCACAAUCUGGCUCACUUGUGGACGAUGAGACCAAACGAACUGUCUCAGAAGGACCAGCUCGUGGUUUGGGUUUGGUGGACAAACCACUCCCCACGGAGCCCAAACCAGAGGCGGCCUCUGCAGGCGGAGUCAGUCCUCCGUCCAGCCCGAAAACAUCACUCACAACCGACGUGCGCGAUGCUACAGACAAGCCAGGAUCAAGCCCAGUCCGAUCUACCCCUGACAUCCCAAAUACCCAACCCCCACCGUCAAGUGAGGAUCAAGGACGCCCUGGACCCCAGACGCGUCUAGAGAGUUUUCGUCCCUCAAUCCCUGGAGGAUGGCAAUCAUAUGCCUCAUCGACAGGUUCAGCGACUCCUGACACAAACACACCUUUUCAAAGCCAGAGGAAUGUUCUAUCAUCUCAACCCCCAUUUACCCAGAGACAGGUCGAGAGCACUGAGAGUAUACCUACUGCCCGUGCACCUACAAAUAUCACUUCAGGUGGCGAUGGUGUAACACAAAAAGCUUUCGCAGCAGCGGCAUCAGCUGGGAGUGCUUUAGCUGGCGCGUUAGCUGGUCACCGCCUGAGUGAACAAGUGCAACAUUCCGAUGAAUCGUCGAUAGAAGAAAAUGACAAUGAAUGGGACGCAUCCAGCUCAUCCAGCGAGGAGGCUGUGGAAGCGGUAAUCACUUCUCUUCCGGCGCCAGCGCCGGAGAGCCAGGACAACGAACAAAUAGCUGAGCAGCAAGAAAAGGAUCUGGUGGUACGAACAAAUUCCGGACCAGCAACCAGCCUAGUUCGGGCUUCAUCCGCGUCGAGCUCAACCCCGUCGACUCACACGUCUGCUGGGGCCGGAGACUCUCGCUCGGACGUUGACUACAUGCCAGCCCCGCUGCGCACAAGUCGUUUGAUUGAAAUCUCGAGCCCUCGGCCACCUCUCCCUAAUGUUUCAGUGCCAGAUGAGACUCCCACUGAGAGUGACAAUGAGCGACUACAACAGGAAAUUGUCAGAAGUCUAACUCCAAAAUCGUCAAACCUGGAGGAGCAAACGGCAGUCCAAAGGAACCUGCCUGACACAGCUCCCUCUAAAAAUGACAUAGAUGCAGAAGCUGUGUCUAAGAAACUAGCUCCUCUGCAAGUCAUCACCCCCCAAUCAGCACAGGCUACCAUCCCGAGCAACGAUGGACAUUUGUCCAAAGCUGGUCAACCAUUGACUGAAUCCAAGAAGCUGCCGCCACAGCCUUCCGCUACAUCAUUGGGAGCGGCUACAUCCCCGAGCCUUAACAUAGAUACGCCAGGUACCGCACAAACAGAGACAUCCGUCGAACAGAACUUACCAACAGCGGGUAAACCAUUCCUCCAACAACGGUUCUCCUGGGAGACAAGCAGCUCACAACCGCCGUCUGCGUCAACACCAAAACAAAUGAGCCCGCCUUCUACAAGCUCUCCAGACACGAUCACAGCUCACACCCCACUCGUGCCUAGCUCAAUUGACAACGUUCAGAGAAGCGUCGAAGUCAAUCAACCGAUAGCGAGGCAAAUAUCUCUGUCUUCAGAUCAGCCUUUCGAACCAGUGCAUGGUCCUCCGUUUCCCGCGACCACUACGGAGGUACCCCAUUCACCACUGGUGCCCCAGUCACCACAACAAUCUCCUGAUGGGCUACCAACUUUCCGCACAAUCAUGAAUCUCAGUUCUCCGGCAGAACGUAUCAAGGCAUUCAAUGAAAGUAGGCAAUACUAUGCCACACCAGAUGAACAGUUGGGAAAUUGGUUGUUGUCGAUGAAGACGCCGGAAAAUUUGGAGCUGUUUGCUACGAAUGGGCGGCUAUCAUUAGACACGGCUGAGAGCCCUACUGCACACAAACCGUCGCCCCGACGAAUGCUGACACAAUCAGCUGGACACAUGCAAGAGGACGGGAAGAAGCUAAUGGCAGCUGCUGGACGAUUCGGUGGCAAGGCGGGUACCGCCGCUAAAGGCCUGUUUGCUAAGGGAAAAGAGAAGAUGCGACACGCGAGCUCUGGCGAAAAGGUAGUCCGUUGA